CAAAUAGCUACCUUACCGAUUGUUAAAAUUAUUUGAAAUAAGACUUUUUUAUUAGACGUUUCCAAUACAUGUGCUUCUUUUUUUUUCUUGUGAUAAUUAACUGACAACAUGGCUUUCAGGAUAUUAGUGUUCGCUUCUUGUGUUGUGUUUGUAACGUGUCAGGUUAGUUUAGAAAAAAUGUUUGCAAAUUGCGACGUUGACACCGACGAAUUUGAUGAAUGUUUAAAAGAUAGAUUCAACGAGCUCAGACCAUAUUUUAAAGAAGGUCUUCCUGACUAUGGCAUUGAAUCAUUUGAUCCAUUCUUUGCCACUGAAGUUCCGUAUAAAAGCCGAAAUCCACUGUUUAACAUCAAACUAAUUUUAAGAAAUGUCACCGAAAGUGGAUGGACGUCAUCAGAAGUUACCAAAAUUAAAACUGACAUGUCUAGAAACCAGAUCGCCAUUACCCAGACUUUCCCCGACAAACGUCUCAAUGGUCAGUAUGAAUUCGAAGGUACUAUUCUCGGUAGGAAGAUAGAAAAUAAAGGUGCAUGGAACUUAGCACUUUUUGAUUACGUACAAACACUAACGGUAAAUAGAAAACCUUCAGGUCCAUCAGCACCCCUGGAGAACCCCCCAAUCAAAGUAAAAUGUAAAUUGGAAACUUGUAAAAACCUGGAACUGCAUAUUAGUAAUCUUGCUGGAGGACGAUCAUUCGUAGAAAAUAUGCUUGAUCGAGUAAUUAACACAGCUUGGCAACCUGGAUUUUUGGUCCUAGCACCAAUUAUCAACGAAUUAGUUGGAACUGCCUUUACAGAAAUCUUCAAUAAAAACUUCCAAGCAUUUCCAUUCUCCAAAGUAUUUGACCCAGAGCUACAACGGCUUCGGAAAAGGGAACAACAAACUCAGCAAUCACAACAGCAACCUCAACAACAACCACUGCCACCAGUUCAGACGCAACAGCCUAUAAAACAGCAACAGCCACAGCCACAAGUUCAAACGCAACAGCCACUACAACAGCCACAGCAACAGCCCCAUCAACAGCCACAGCAACCGCCACAGCAACAGCCACAAAUGCAGCCAGCAUUACAACCGCAGGUACAACUGCCUCAACAAGUAAUAGCUUAAAUAGUACGAGAUAUUAUUUAUUUGGAAGAAGAAGAAAUGAAGUAAUUUUUAAAGAUUUUUUAUAAAAGAUAUAUAUAUAUAUAGUGUACAUAAAAAUAUAGUAUAAGUUUGUUUUUCAAUAAAAAAGUAAUAAACUCCA